UUACUGUUAUGAGCUCCUGGAUUUAAAAGUGGAGUCGCAGGAUUUUCUUUCAACUCAGACAUGAACUGGGACAAUCAGCUGAGCUCUAUACUGUCAGUAGCAGAUGGUAGCGUUGCAAAGAUGAGGGAGAGGCUGACGUCACCGGGGAAAUUCACCAAAGCAGGAGAAGAUUUGUUUCCAGUAAGGGAGAGGAUUCAUGAGUCAGAUUUGGACCCUCCCGCUCUUCCUCCUCGAGUCCCCCUUCUCCGACAGCCUUCCCCGUCUCUCAGUCCUGGUGUUCAGUGGGCAGACCUGGCUGCUAUCCAAUCGCAACUCCAGAUACAGAGCCAGGCGAUUGAGUCUCUCACCCAGAAACUCCAUGACAUGGAAAGGGAAAGACAGUCUCAACAAUGUCACAUCCAGACACUACAAGAGGAGGUUCACAGGCUGAGGGAGAGGGAAAGAGAGAGGGACGAAUCGAGGAGGGGACAAAGUCCAGGAGCAGAGCGGAGGUUGGAGCAAUGGCGUAGAGAGGUUGGACGUGAGCUGAGCAGUCUGCGGGGACACAUCACCAGAGCCACGUCGCUAGGCAACCUGGAGGAGAGUUUCAGCUCCAAGCUCCGACGAGAGGAGCUGGAACACCUGCGGAGAGAGGUGGACCAACUGAAAACAAGACUAAGGAGACAGGAGGAGGACGUGUUCCUCCAGCAGGCCGAGACCAGAGAGACCAGGAGACAGUACGAACACAGCUGCAAGACACUGGAGGAGCUGACAGACAGCUACAGAACUCACAGCACUGAUCUGGCAAAGACACUCUCUAAGUAUUCACACACACAAGAAGAGGUCCGCCAGAUCAGAACAACUGUGUCAGAGCUGAAGGAGGAGGUCAGGAGACUUAUUCUCAGAGAACGUGAACCAACACCUUUGCUGUCAGCACACACAUCAGGACAAGCACCGCUCCCGCUCCGUCACAGCCACAGCAGAGGGGUCAGAGUUGAAGAGGCGGACUCUGACUCAGAAGACUUCAGUCCAACCCCGAGCCUGGCUGAAGUGAGCUCAGAUGAUCUGUCCUGGCUGGACGACAAAGAGCCUG